AUGACACAAGGGCAGGCCAAGGUGUUUGCAUUGCUGCAGGCCCCAGACCCCUUGCCAAAGGAGGCAGAGAUCUUCAUCGUUCUAGAAGGUUCUACGCUUGCCCAUGUGAUCAGAGCCCAGAACGAUGUCAUGCUCUGCUUCAUCGUGCCUGGUCAUAACCUGGCUGAGACUGUCUCAGUCUGUGCUUACAUCUACUCAGAGACUACACCUUUUACCUGUGUGGGAGGGUCCAGGCUCAAGUACGUCCAGGACGACGCCCAGAUUGAUUUGAUAUUGUUGUCCCAACCCUACCCACAGGAUCUGGCUGAGCACCUAAUAACCCACGGUCACCGCCUGAGCUCCAGCGACCACAGGGAGCUGAGCAGCCGCUUCUGCCUGAGCGAGGAGAGCUCUCGCUGGGCAAUGGACCGCCGUGUGGCCCUGGCCAUGGCCAACUUGGAUAUCCCCCACAGCUGGAAUGUACUGGCUAGUCCAUCUGGAGAGGAGUUGCGUCCCAGAGAAUCCCCUCUUCACUUGGCUGUGCGCUGGGGUCUGUGUUGUCUGGCUGAGCUGCUGCUGUGCCAGCCGGGAGGACUGAUGGCAGUGACUCUGCCCAACGAGGAGGGGGUCACCCCACUGCAGCUAGCACACAACAGAGGGCACACACAGCUUCUGGAGCUACUCACACAGUAAGAUGUUU